AUGAUCCCUUCUUCGUCACACCACGCAGCGGGGAACGCUGUGGCGUCGCCCACCGCCACCGCCACCGCAGCUGCUGCUGCAACCUCCGCUGGCGGUGGAGCUCUGUCCGUUUCGGAGCUGCGUGCAGGAAUGCAACAAUUUCUGCGGUCCAGUGGGGCUCUAGGCUCGCUCAAAACGCAGCUUCGCAGUGUCAUUGUGUCCGAGUUGCUAAGGCGGCGGCAAGGCUUUUCAGACACUGCCGCAGUGAUAAGGAACGGGCGCGAAGAGUCAGAUGAUGAUGAUAGCGCAUGGACGCAACGCCUCGCGGACGCACUCGUGGAAAAUCACCUCCGUCUCACCAACCGGACCUUCUCCCUUGCCAUUUUCAGCAGCGAGGCGGACGUCUCCUUCGGGGCGGCUGGUGACGACGCACUGGCAGGAAUGCUGCACUUUAGUACUGCAGCCACGCAGCGGCAGGACACAAGUCUCUUCCAGCGCGUCGUAGAGAUGCACAUGCGACAAGUAGGUGACUCACGCGGACGGCCGCCGGGCUCCGCAGUUGGAACGCAGACAGACGCUAAUGACCCCACAGCAUCGUCGCCUCCGCCACUCGAGAUUCGCCUCGCGGCGGUUGACGCAAAGUACGCGCUCCGCUUCUCCCAACUCGGGCAGUCGACGCGUGAGGAAGUGGACCGCCGCAUGGCUGCCUACCGCCAGGAACUGCAGGCACAGAUGGAACAAGCGUACCAGCAGCGGCUGCGGGCGUUCGAGCAGCAACAGCUGCAUGAGGUGCGGCGCGCCGCGGAGGAUCACUACGGUGUGUUGCUGCAGCACAAAAUGGAGGAGCUGCGUGAGGUAGAGCGAGCGAGUGUGCGGCGCGUGGAGUCGGAGCAGGCAAGAUUGGCCCAGGCCCGUGAGGAUCUGGAGCUCCAGCGUGUUGAACUGGACCGGCGGCACCGCGAGCUUCAAGGGCUGCUGGAGGAACGUGACAAGGCGACAGCGGCGUUAGAGGGCCGUCUCCACGACGCGAAGCAGCAGAUCCGCGUCCUGACGGCGCAGGCGCAGCAGUACGAGGAGCUCUGCGGAGUGCGGCUCGCCGAGGCGGAUGCGGCACGCGAUCGGGAGUGGCGCCGCGUUGAGGAUCUGCGGCGGCUGCAGGCCGAGCACGUCGCGGAGCUUUUGUUGAAAGACGAGGAGAUCAGCCGUCUGCGCUUUCGUGUCAAGUCGCUCAUCGGCGCACAUGCUGUCGCCGGCUGGCGUGGCGAAGCGGAGGAGGGGAGGACCUCCACGUUACGCGACGUACUCGAAAAGGCAGAGGAACUGCAGCAACGUGUGUCCGCGGCGAUGCCCCCUUCAGCAGCAUUUUCCACACAGCCACCUCAAACGCGUGAGGCUACGUGGCAAUCGGCUUGGAACUUAACGAGGUCGCCGCCACCAGCAGCUCCAGCCGCAGCAACAACAACGACAGGAACAAAACCAGCAACCGCUGUGGGGGAGGGGGAGCUGGACGACACGGUGGCGCAGCAGCAAGGGGUGACUCCAGUGGGGGCGUCUGUCAUUCAAGACGUCCUGCAGCGAACGGAGGAAGAUGAGAAAAGGGAGAGAGUGGCAUUAGCCACCGCACUGCCUGAUUCCACAUCACCUGUUAUUGCCACUCCUCCUCCUUCUGCUGCUUCUGCUCCGCCCGACAGUCCCGCUGCGGCCAUAGCGGUACCACUUCGGGAGGUGGAAGAGACGGAGACAAGGGCGACGGAAGGUGGCGGCGAUGAUGAAAGCGAGGAACGGCGCAGGAGUGCAGUAAAAGAAGAGACCGCGAGAAAUGAGAAAGCACCUACCUCUUCCUCAUCACCGACACACUCGAAGGGAUCAGUCGAUUCUACGCCCAAGGGCCACUCAUCCACUCAGUCAUCAUCGUCUUCGCCCUCGUCCUCCGCGUCCUCGCCGCCAUCCGCGGACAAGAAGGCGGUCACUGCAACCGCAGCAACUGCAACGGUGCUCUCAACUCCUGCGUCGGUGUUUGCCGAACAAAAUUCAUUGUGUCGCGAAGAAACAAGCGGACGCACAGCCAUCGAGGCUGACGAGGACACUGGCCGCCGCGGGAUAGCGUGGGCUGCAAAUUCACAGCGCUCAGUUCUGCUCCAACGGCAGGCAGACGAGCGUGACGGCUCUGACGACGACGGAAUCGGGAGACGAGGAAUUCCGUCGUUAGGCACGUUUGCGGCUUCGGCCCGCCAACGACAGCUGACAGAAGAGGUGGCGGCAAACACACUUUUCACGCGAGAUUCGGAUGAUGAUGUUGACAGCGAUAUUUUGUUCGGCCGCCGGGGAAGCAGCGAUGAAUCCUUUUGA